UAGCAAAUGGGCGAAAUGGAAAACGGGCGAAGUGACUGUAAAUCCAUCUCGACACAAGAACGAGCCAAGAACGACGUCUAUACCACACUCUGCUAUCCAUGUCUACCGUAAGAUCCGAGUACGUUGCUACCAACAUCCAAAUGCUUUGAAAGCAAGAAACCAGCCAGGCCGGCUAGUUCAUGAUCCCUUGAAUGUCAGCACCUGAAGUCAAGUAGUUGAACAAGCAAGUGGUCGGCAGGCACCAUGCCUCUUAGAUUUCUCUUAAGAUAUCUUGCAAAUAACGAGCAACUUAUAGAAAAGCUCGCCGAGUCUCGUGUCAUGAGGAGAAUAGCCCAGAUAACAGCAUACUCCAUUAAUAAAGCCCAGGCUAUGAGUCAUGAAGCGAUUGAGAAGGCAUCAGAAUCUGAGAUUCUUAAGAAGAUGGCCGACGAUACCAGACGGCGGGAAGAGAAGGGCACGAGACUCGCAUCUUUCACACAGAACUUUGCUAAAGAACUGAGGGAAGGGAUGAAGGACAUUGAGAAAGAGGUUAAAAAGAAACAGUUCAAGGAAUAAUAUGCAGGAAGUGUCUCUAUGACAACAAAAGAGUGCUUUUAUGAAGCAAGAAGGGGUCCAACUUGACAAAAAUGUGCAGCAGACGAACUUGCUGAAGACUGACACAUUUGGCUCCACUCAGGGUACAGGUUACCGGUGCAAGUUACCAGUCGGAACAUCCUGCGAUGUUUAUCACCCGACUGGUUUCUGAGCAUAUAUUCUUCCCCCCCCCGAGUACCUCCGUACAGUGUUCUUGGUAAUGAGCAUCUCCCCCACCAAAUUGAUCCCAUUUCUGCAUGGAUUGUAGCCUCGUGUUUUACUUUCUUAAAUGUGGCAUAGUCGGCAGCGACAGUGGGCACAGGCAUCGUUAGGAUUUUUUUCAUGGGAAGGGGGGGCCAAGGCACUUACCAGCAGCAAACUAAUACUCCAUUAACAGUGGAAAGGGGAUCACAUCUGUGGUAUUCUAUGCAAAUUGGUGAUUUUCCUGGACUUAUUAUUCCAACUUGUGUUUUUAAAGGGAAAUUACCUCCUUAAUUCCCCUCCCCCCGCAUUGCCGUCAAUAAAAUUCAAAGAAAAGUACCCAAAAAGAAAGUAUACCAAGUUCUUAUGUGUAUCUGGGAGGUGGAAAGAAUUCCAUAGAUGGAUGCCACUAGACACCCUGACAUUUGAUGGAUCCCAUUGUUUAUAGUGAAAAAUUUGUUUAAAAUCCUGUAUUAUCUUGGAAUUGUCAGGUUUUUAUAAUUGUACAGAUGUUUCAAUUCUAACGCUAUUUUUGAUGUCCAGAUAUUGUAAUUGGGUUCGAUAUGUACCGAAAAUAACUUGUGAAUAAUAA